AUGGAGGUCGAACUAUCCGAAAUGCACUCUCGGUUGCCCCAUCUUCCUCACAAGUCGGCUACUCCAGCGGCAGGAUCCACGAACGAGGGGAGGCAAAUAGAUUAUGUCGAGACUAACGCGGCAGCGGAGAGCGAGCAGCCCAGUCGUGCACAGUCGACGACCUUCCCCGCUGUAACGCCUGCUAUGAAAAUCAAAGCAAGGAUACAGUUUGCGACUCUGUGCUGGAGCCAUUUUAUGGCCGGCUGGAACGAUGGCACAACGGGACCUCUGUUACCCCGCAUACAAUCUGUCUAUCACGUCGGCUUCGCAGUCGUGUCCCUGAUCUUCGUCUUCAAUUGCAUUGGUUUCGUCGCCGGAGCCGCGGCAAACGUAUGGUUAACCGAUCGUCUUGGAUUCGGCAAGGUCAUGGUUAUUGGCGCGUUGGUGCAGGUCGUCGGUUACUCUCUCGCAGCGCCUGCGCCCCCUUUCCCUGUCUUCAUCCUCGGCUACGCGAUCAACGGGUUCGGGCUAUCUCUCCAGGACGCCAGCGCAAAUGGCUUCGUCGCCUCCCUAAAGGACAAUGCUUCUACGAAAAUGGGCAUAUUGCACGCUAUCUACGGCAUGUUCCUUAGUCUCGGAGCGCUGUCCUCGCCUCUGGUGGCGACCCAGUUCUCCCAGAUCACCCACUGGUCGUUCCACUACCUUGUAUCGCUCGGCAUCGCGCUCUCCAACGUCAUCUUGCUCACCGCCGUGUUCCGUUUCAAAGAUCAAGAAACCUGCCUCACGGAGAUUGGGCAAACACCGAGCCACGAAGAACAGAGCACAACGAACAGCAAGUACUCUCAAAUAUUCGGCCUGCGGGCGCUCCAUCUCUUGGCGUUCUUCAUCCUCAUCUACGUUGGCGUCGAGGUCACCCUGGGAGGUUGGAUCGUUACUUAUGUCAUUCAGCUGCGCGGCGGCGGUCCUUCAUCUGGCUACAUCUCGUCCGGCUUCUUCGGUGGGAUAACACUGGGGCGCAUCGGCUUGCUGUGGGUCAACCAGAAGAUCGGCGAACAACGUGCGAUCUACGUCUACGCGACCCUUGCAAUCGCGCUCGAACUGGUGAUCUGGCUCGUCCCCUCACUCAUCGGCGGCGGCAUUGCCGUCUCGUUCGUCGGCGUCCUUCUCGGGCCCAUUUACCCCAUCGUCAUGAACCAUGCCGCGCGCGUCCUUCCUCCCUGGAUCCUGACUGGCUGCAUCGGGUGGAUCGCGGGCUUCGGCCAGGCAGGCUCUGCAUUGCUCCCCUUCCUCACCGGCGCCCUCGCGUCGCGCGUCGGCAUCAAGAGUCUCCAGCCUUUGUUGGUGUCGAUGAUGGGCUUCAUGGUUUUCCUAUGGGCACUCGUGCCACGCGCAUCGCGCAGAGUAGACUGA